AUGGAAGAAGAGGUCAAAAAGAGAGUUGCAUUCGUGCUGAUCGAUGGUUUGGGAGAUGUAUCAAUACCGAGAUUAGGCUAUAAAACUCCUCUGCAAGCAGCAAACAUACCUAAUCUAGACGCAAUCGCAUCAGCUGGAAUCAACGGUCUAAUGGAUCCAGUGGAAGUUGGAUUGGGAUGCGGAAGUGACACAGCUCACCUCUCUCUGAUGGGUUACGACCCGAGAGUGUAUUACAGAGGACGUGGCGCCUUUGAGUCCAUGGGUGCUGGAUUAGCAAUGUCACCAGGUGAUAUAGCUUUCAAGUCUAAUUUUGCGACGUUGGAUGAGAAAUCUGGAAUAGUUGUUAGUAGGAGAGCUGAUCGGCAUUUCGAAGAAGAAGGGCCUAUUCUCUGUGCUGCUCUUGAUGGAAUGAAGCUUCCUUCUUUCCCUGAGUAUGAAGUGAGAGUCAGAUAUGCAACAGAACACAGAUGUGGAGUGGUUGUAAAAGGGCCAAAGCUUAGUGGGAAUAUAUCUGGAACAGACCCAUUGAAAGAUAAUCGUUUACUUCUUCAAGCUAAACCUUUGGAUGAAUCAGAAGAAGCCAAUCACACAGCUAAAGUCGUUAACGAAUUGUCCAGGGAGAUAUCGCGCAUUCUUGUUUCCCACCCGGUUAACGCAAAGAGACUUGCGGAAGGCAAGAAUAUCGCCAAUCUCGUCCUUCUACGAGGCUGUGGCAUUCGAAUCGAGGUUCCUCCUUUUCAAGAGAAGCACGGCUUGUGGCCGUGUAUGGUAGCACCAACGAAGAUUAUAGCCGGACUUGGUAUGUCCCUCGGUAUUGACAUUCUAGAAGCUCCGGGAGCCACUGGAGAUUACAGGACUCUUCUCACAUCGAAAGCAACUGCGAUAGCCAAUGCGCUCUCAGCUCCUUCGAGUCCCUGCCCAAAUGUCUUUGUACCGGGAGAGGACGGGCAUAAACCGGGAAGGUCAGAUGGUUACGAUUUCGGGUUCCUUCACAUAAAGGCUAUAGAUGAUGCGGGUCAUGACAAGGCGACGUUGUUCAAAGUUCGAGGCUUGGAAGCUGUGGAUAAGGCGAUACGUCAGCUCGCUAAGCUUCUAUGGCAAGCUGAAACUUCUACGAAUUACCAGUAUUUCUUGUGUGUGACCGGUGACCAUUCUACUCCAGUCGAGUAUGGAGACCACAGCUUCGAGCCAGUCCCAUUCACAAUGUGCCGGUUGGGAGAUUUUGUGAGCGCGGUUGGAGGAGAAUCAGCCCUUUUAGAGACGUCUUUGGACCCUUUUCCACUUCCAACGGUUGUGGAAUCUGGUGAAGUUGUCACCGGAAAAGAGGAAGACGGUGGGAGUAAGGAAGCUCUUCUUGCGAUUGGUGGAGAUUCAGUUGCAGAGCUGAAUGAGAUUGCAGCUGCAAGAGGAUGUCUUGGCCGUUUCCACGGCGGUGAAAUGAUGGGAAUCAUCACCAAGUUCCUUAAGCUAAAUGUAUGA